AUGGUUAAGUACAAAGGGAGAUUUUUUGCAAGACAAUAUAUGCCAAAUAAACCGGUGAACAGAGGUUUUAAGAUAUUCAUGAGAUGUGAUGAGGAUGGUUACUGCUACGAUUAUUGGCCAUAUAUGGGAAAACAUGACUUUUUUCAUGGAAAGUCACUAGGAGAAAGAGUCGUCAAACACUUGUGUAGACCAUUGAAAUACAAAGGCCAUCAUGUGUUCUUUGACAGGUUCUUUACAUCCAUUUCCUUGGUGCGAACCUUGCUUCAGAAUGGGAUUUUUAGUUGUGGGACAAUAAAGAGCGACUCAGAAGGGUUUCCACCAGAGUUAAGAAAUCCGGAUUUAAGGAGAGGGGAGACAUUACAGAUGCAGCACGACCAAUUGCUUGCCACUGCUUGGAAAGAUAAGAAAACGGUACAUAUUUUGAGCACUAAUUGCAGUCCGUUUGGAGAUGGUCCAGUUGUCCGUCGAACUCGGGGUGGAAAUUUUGUUGAGGUUAUGUGUCCUCCACCAGUAUCUUCCUAUCAACGGUAUAUGAGUGGAGUCAACAGAUGCAUGCAACACCGCGCAAAGAAUCCUGUUGGCAGACCAUCCAAAAAAUACUGGAAGUUUUUCUUCAACUUUAUUAUGGAAGUUUGCCUUAUAAAUGCAUUUGAGAUUUUUUCCAGAACACCUGGUAAGGAUCUUCCUGCCAACACAAGGUUUGACCUGCUGGAUUUUAGGAUGGAGGUGGCUCAGCAACUUAUUGGAGGCUUCCGAGGAAGAAAGCGGGGUCAUCACUUACAGGGUAUUCUUGACCCCCCUCAUGUUUUCUGCCAUCUGGAUCGCCUAAAGUCAACAUGCAAAUGGUGUACCAAACACGGAGAAAAGAAAAGAAAGGAGACAGUUUAUGGUUGUAAAGGGUGUAACAAACACUUGUGUAGUGAACGAUGUUUCAGGGAAUUUCAUUCUGAUGUUAAUCUCUAAGAUCAGUUUGUUACAUAAGUCACAUAAUCAUGCUUGGAAAAUUUGAAUGAGAUGUCACUUGCAGGAAUACAUAAAACAUAGGAUUACUGUACAUUACAAUGACUGAAAGAUCAAGGUUAAUAUUCCUUAAUUUUACGCAAUAUAUUUCAAAAUUUGAAUACCAUGUAUAGAGGCAUAUAAAAUCUUCUAAAUGUUAUUUUGGAAGCUAAGAUUUUAUUUUGUAAAUCUCCUUAAGUUUGUAAGUUAAGAAUGAUGUUGUCUACUCAAAGAUGUAAUUUUGUUUUCAAUUAUGCAACAUUGUGCUAUGU